CUGUCAUAUGACUUCCAUUUCCUGGUACAGCGGCUCAGCUUCAUCCUAAACGCCGCUGAGUGAGCGUCUCUGUCCGGCUUUCUCUUCUCCUCUCCGGUGUCUGGCACUCUAAAACUAUCAGGCGAUCAUGUCCCGAUAUGCUGCAUUUGUGUUAUUCCUCGCACUGGGAAUUGAACUCCAUCUGUCACGUGGUACUGAGGUGUCGGUCUUGGGCAAAGAUGGCAAGUUAUGCCUGUAUGCAAAUCUAAUGGUCAACUUCUCAGUCUCAUAUGAAGUCACUGGCAAUACGAAUGAAACAGUUGAGAUUGAACUUCCCGUUGAGGUCAAAAGCGAUGAAAGUACAUGUGAUGUCACAAGCUCAGUGCUGAUGCUCAGUUUUGGAGAAGGUCACUCCUGGAGAGUGAACUUCACAGGGAAUGACCAAAUGUACCAGGUGGACUCCAUCAUGUUUUCCUACAAUCUCGGCGACUCGACCCACUUCCCCAAUUCUUUGUCAAAUGGAACCAUGUCAGUGAGCAUGACGCCUCACAUUACAGGCGUUGGCAUGGACACCUGCUACUCUUGCAAGAGUAAAGACGUGAUCCAGUCUGACUCAGUCAAUCAGACACUGUGGAACGUGCUCAUACAGGCUUUUGUCAGCAACGGCAGCAAGAGUGAAAAGAUCAGCACUUGCUCUGCUGAUUUGCCCGUAACCACUGUUGCCCCGCCCACUCCCACCACCACUCCCACCACCACUCCUACCACCACUCCCAACACCACUACCACAGAAGCUCCAAACUCGACUACCAUUGCCCCUCAUAAUACCACCACCCCGACCACCAUCCCAACCACCAUCCCAACCACCACCCCAACCCCUACCCUGCCCCCACCCAUAACCGGGAAGUACAGCAUCAAGCAAGAUGAGAACAGCACAGCCUGUCUGUUGGCCAGCUUUGGUCUGCGGAUUGGUUUCAAGCAGGGAGACAAAUAUCAGGAGAUGAACUUGGAUCCUAAUGGGACCCAGGUCUCUGGAUCAUGUGGAGUCAACAGCAGUGAGCUGGUGCUGACAUCUAACACAAUGACUGUCAUGUUAACCUUCGCCAAUGACACAAAGAAAUUCCGCCUUCAUGCUCUGAACGUCACCGGAAAAACGAGCUCUGGCGUUGUGUUUUCUGAGGGGAACAACAACUUGAGUCUGUGGCAGGCCGCCGUCGGCAGCUCCUACAUGUGCAAUAAAGAGCAGAACUACACCAUCACCGGCCUGCUCACCAUCUACACCUACAACCUGCAAGUUCAGCCCUUUGGAGUGAAGAAGGGCGUUUUCAGUACAGCCCAUGAAUGUUCAUUGGAUGACACCAGCAUCUUAAUCCCAAUCAUUGUUGGCGCUGCGUUGGCUGGCUUGAUUCUCAUUGUAGUGAUCGCUUACGUGAUUGGUCGAAGAAAGACUUAUGUUGGAUAUCAGACCCUUUAAAUCCAGUCUGCAAUCAAUCAGGAAAUAUCACGGGGUUCCCAAGCCUGGUCCUUGGGGUUCAUGUGCAAUCAAAUAAAUUGGCAAAUAACAAUUCAAGAACUUAAAUCUAAACUUGAGACGUAGUUUCAUACACAAAAAAUAAUUUUAUUAUCCAUUUGUAUUGAAGCUUUUGGUCAUCUUGAGACAUGAAAUGCACAUCAAGCAUUUUUAAAUAGCAGCCGCCUGACGGAUCUUUAAUGAUAAAAGUCAGUGUAGAGAUCUGAGGCUUGGUGUUCUCAAGGACCAAACUUGUGCACGCCCCAUGUUUGUGUUUGUUUCUGUUGUUUUCUGGAUGUCUUGUCUUUCCUUUUUCGUUGUUUUUGUUAAUGGAGCAAGUGCAAGAUCCUCACAAACCCUUUUUAACUGUAAGAAAUCACAAUGUAAAAUGACUUUCUUUAUUGAAUGAGACUUCAUACUCUUGUCAGUAUGUUCAGUAUACAAUACUUGCAGUUCUUUUAAUUAUGCAUAUCUUUUAACACUGGAUAUGUUAUAAUUUCAGAAUCUUACAUUUGCUCUGCAGACAUUCCUUUUUUGUUUGCUUUUGUCAUUAUUUAAUCUCUGUGCACAUUUUAGUUUUUACUUCCUUUAUGGUUUGGCUUUUCAUCCCCUGAAAUUAUUUUUAUUGUCAACAUUUAAACAUUUUCCACAGAAUUCCAGCUGGUAAUCCUUUAGAAACUAGAGGAAGAUAGUCGAGCAGCUUUCUUUCUUUGCUCAUCAUUAACAAGGAUGAAGGUCUUCUCCAUUUGGAAAGUUAUUAAAGGAAAUGUGCUUCAGCCCAUGUUUGCCCCUGUAGAGCAGGAGAAACAUUUGAAUUAAUGUCCUGAUUAUGUGGCUCCAAUCAUGAUCAAAAUGUGUGUUGUUUGAACGUUGAUGGGCCUUUUUUUUUUUUUCAAAGAAGACAUUUUGAUAAUGUCAAGCAGUAAAAGUCCAGGUGGGGGUAAUAACACCAACGAUGCUGCUAUCAUUAGUGUUAUUAAUUACACCUGUGCUUCUCCUGCGUGUCAAUGUCGGCCGUUUAAAAAAAAUCAGAAUAAAUCUGAAUAAAAAAAGAUCCUACAGAAAACAUUUUGGCAUUAGGUUUAGAAAAGGGACAGUACUUUUGUGUAGAUAUUCACUGCAGAUCAAUCCGAGAUGAUGGAUAUUUACAUGUAAAUGCACUAAAACGCUCUUCACAUUUUUGCAUAUUUGUGUUGAAACUGUGUCACAUGAUUUCACCUGUGUAUAGGCCUGGGCUUGGCCUGAGCUCUGAAAGAUGCAGCUUGAUCAGAGGCUGUUAAAGCUCCGGAAAAUCAGAUCAGUUUAUGUAUUUUUCUUCAUUAUUGAACAACUGAAAUUUAAGAUCAGCUAACCGACUCAAUCAGGACUGUGUGGUUCUGGUGUAAUCGUGUUUGAUCGGCUAACAACCCCACAGCUACCAUCAGAUUUUGAUUCAGGUAUUAAUAAAUCCUCACUGGUGCAAAGAUGUACACCAAACCAGUGAGAAGAGGACAGAAGCAUUAAAAUCUGCUAGGUUAAAUAUUAAAUAGACAAAAAAUUCUCCAAGUUCUCUGUUUGUUUGUGUUUUUUAAUGUAGGAGACCGUUCUCAUACUGAAGGGACUUUCACAUAUGUUUGGUUCAGUUUAAAUGAACUCUGGUGCCCUUUUGGUUCGAUUCAUUUUGGGUUGGUGUGAAACCUGUUAAUCAAGCUCCAACAGGACUGACAUCAUCUAAAAAAUGAACUCUGGUGCUGUUUGUGACGCAAACAGACCAACCACAAGAUUUCAUGAUAUGUGAUUUUAAGCAUAAAAUCAAAAGUUACUAUUAAAUCCAUCUGCUGAUCCUGAGCUGAUAAGAAAGCGAUCUGUAGGCUAUAUAACUUGCAUUUAUGCAGUGUGGUAACCAUGGUAACACAAAGGAACCACAGCACAUGAGUAUGGAGAUUUUCCCUGAUAAAUGAGAGUUAGACUGGAGUUAAACCAGAAGUGUGUUGAACUCUCUUCCCAUAAUAUUAAAGGACAAAAUAACUUUUUUUUGUCCUGUUUCUCUUCAUCAGUAUUUACGAUGUGACGUUCGAGGUCCAUUUGACUAAUGAUGCUCAAAAUCAGGUUUUUUAUGAGCUCUUUGUGACACCAGAGAACUUAAGUUAACACAUAAAGUUCAGUAAUGUGUGUGUGACUGGCUGUCAGUCACAAAUAAAUAAGUUGCCUGUGAGUCCAUUUGACUUCAUGGUUACAGCUCUCCAUUUGUUUGAAAUACAUCAGUGAGAACAUGAACCUGACCAGAGCUAAAAGGCAGUGGGUUUUUCGUCGUCCCUCCCCGAUUUGAUCCAAAUAAACCAAACGACUGAUGUGAAAGCACCUUAAAAUCUUAAAGUCAGGGAGCUGGUUCAGGGUUGCAGUGAAGCAGUAUCCAGGAUGGAGGCAAGCCCAAGAAUGUGUAUUUUUGUAAUGAUAGUAGACAAAUGUGACACGUUAGUUGCUUUGUGGUGUUGCAUACUUCUAGAGUGCCGUGUACUGUUUGCCUCGUUCCAAUCGGAGCAACGCAAGCAGUUACAUGAAAAUCACUCAUUCUUUGCAUUCAUAAGUUGCUCAGAAAAUUUUGCUUCCCCAGGACAUUGUACACAUGUAUGAAUAAUGGCUUUUAAAUCAAAUGCAGGCUUGUGAUCGUUGCUGUCUUGUUCAUUUCAGCUUUGUAAAAAUUUGAGUUGCCUUAAUUAUAAAGAUGGUUUUGCAGCACUAGUAUAAAAAUGAAUGCACAUGUUAGACAUUUUUGUCAAAGUUCAUCUGCCUUCUCCUCAAUAAAUCAUCCAGUAGAUUUAUCGCCAUGACAAUUGUGCCUUUAGUUAAAGAACAAUCAGUUUUGUAUAUUCAAUAACUCAUUAAUACUGCUGAUCUAUCAUUAUUGGGUAACUUGAUAGGCUUCGGAUCAUUAUGUAAUGCCCCUUUAGGUGUGGAGAACAUUGCACAUGUUCAGCAAAGGGAAAUUUGUGCUGCAAGACCAUCUUCAUCCACAUCAGUUCAUGUGUGUUAAUGUGGAUACAAAUGACUUCUGAUUUCAUCUACAUUGUCAUUCGCUGUUAGUUUUAAUAAAUUUGGAUUUCAGAUAUUGUGUGUCAGACUGACGUGGAGCUUUUUAGCAUUUUUGACAUUCAUGAAAAUAAAAAAUGUGUUGUUGUCCUGGA